CUGGGGCUAAUAACUAUGGAAUAGUUACUUCGUUUACAUUUCAACUGUAUCCUACUCCUCCUAAAGUCACAUCUAUAACAUUAAAAUAUGAUAUUAACAAGAUUCAAACUCUUUUUGAUGCAAUUAACAAACUUGGACCGACACUUCCUGAUGAUAUGUAUUUAUUUAGGAUCACAAGCGAAUGCAAUGCAAGUUAUGAAACAAUUAUUUCACUAUCACAACCAACUUCGAAUCAAUUUACAGAAGAAACUUUUUUUGAUAGCGUUGUAAGGUGGGGACAUAGACAAUUAAAUUGCACAAUAAAUCCAUAUCAUAAACCUAAUAACUUUAAAGUAAAGUCAUUCUAUGUAAAAUCACUAGGACUUUCAGCAGAGGGAGUUAAAUCACUCGUAUCUUUUAUGAAAGGUCUUUCAAUUACAUGUAGGGCACUUGCAUCAUUAGAGUUAUAUGCAGGUAGUGCGGCAACGAGAGUUGCGGCAAAUGCUACUGCAUUCGUACAUGGGAUAUUUGGUGAAACUUUUCAAUCGAAUUACACUGAUUAUAGUAGUUAUCAAAAUUAUAUUGAUCGAGAUUUAACAGAUUGGCUACACAGAUAUUAUGGAAGUAAUUUGCCUGCAUUAAUUGCUGUGAAAAAAAUAUAUGAUCCUAAUAAUGUAUUUGGCUACGCUCAGG